UCCUGCCCGUGAGCAAUCUCCCAACUCAUCUCUGCUCAUCUCUGGUUUUUGAUGUCUUGUGCGUCGUUUUAGGACCGGGACGAAGAAUACUGCGCCAUCUUGCGUUAGAUGAGAAUUCAACUUCGAGUUCUCUUUCAUGUGGGGCCGUCAUUUGGCCGCCAUCUUGGAUGACCCUGAACGCUCAGCGAGGAGGCAGACUGGGCUGAUGCGGUGUCCUCCCGCAAUUUUCAUCCAUCCAACAUCAUCUUUACAUCCCGUCGGUGCACCGCAGUAAGCCGAGUUCACUCCCUGGUCCAUUUCCUAGUAAAUUCCUGCGUCCUUUGUGAAAUCAACGUCUCGUCUCGUAAUUAACCAUGAAGAUUUGGACCUCAGAUCACAUCUUCAACCAUCCAUGGGAAACUGUAACUCAGGCUGCUUGGAGGAAGUAUCCUAACCCCAUAAAUACUGCAGUCAUCGGAAUGGACGUCAUCGAUAGGAAAGUCGUCGAUGGCGUGUUACACACUCACAGACUCGUUGCCACCCAGUGGGGCAUUCCUAAAUGGGUGCAAGCACUGAUCGGAUAUGAAAGCGUCUGCUACGCCAGCGAGAGGAGCGAGGUCGACCCUGAGAAGCGAGAGAUGACCCUGAAGACAAGAAACUUGACCUUCUGCAAUUACAUCGCCGUAGACGAGACCCUGAGGUACCAACCUCAUCCCCAAGACACGGGGAAGACGUUGCUCAUACAGGAAGCCGUUGUCACGGUCCAGGGUGUCCCGCUGACGAACUACAUGGAGGACAUGUUGACCUCGAAGAUCUCCUUCAAUGCCAGAAAAGGGAGGCAGGCCAUGGAAUGGGUGAUUAGCAAGCUCGAGUUGGAAGUGAAGGACCUCGCGAGCAGUGCCGUCAAGUCGACGGACGAGUUGCUGACGCAAACCCGACGUCAGAUCGACGACCUGACCUCGAAGACGCGGCGGAGCAUGGACGACCUUCAGAACGCCGCGAACAAGUCCUUCGACGACUUUCGUCACCGCACGACGCCCCCCACGUCCCAGUCCAUUCCCAAGUUAUAGCUAAGGUUUCACUCUAGCUUCAAUCUUUUCAAUUAAUGGCGACGUACCUCUGCCGGAUGGUCGGUAUUUUUGGGAGAAGAGGGGCCGCGGUGAUGAGGAAAUCUUGAUACUUCACCUACCGGAAGCGUAUUAAUAGUAGAGAUGUGCAAAUGCAAGGUCAACGAGAUGACUACCGGGUUUUGGUCUUGAUCUUGCCAUUGUGGUGGCUUAUCACGUCCUGCAAGAUAGGAUACAAUUUAACGAUUAUCUCUAUUUAAUAAUUAUCCAAUUAAUUCGCAAGCGGCAGGUGAAGCGUCAACGAACGUCCGAGCGACAUUCCAUCGCACCCUGAAGAGGGUCCCAAUGUCAAGGGACUGCUUCGUGGUACCGAUCGCCCAGCAGAGGGUUCUUCGUAGUUGUCGACCGGUCGUGACCUAGGCCAACGGUGCCUACGUUGACCCAGGUCGCGGGCGGCCGCAGGACGGAGGUGGAAGAGGAGGUAAAAAAGUAAAAAUCGCAAAACCAUUUCCAAAGAAGGUCCUUCGGGUCCUCGCGACCCCCAGGGCGGAGCGAAACGAGAUCGGUAAUUGAAGGGUAAGAAAGUGGCGCUUUUACAAAGCGCCGGGACCCAUGUCAAAGACACGCAAGUUUAAGGACGACAUAUUGUCGCAUAGUUAACCCUCCCCUCGCGUAUAAUUCCUGUACUCGUCCCUUCCUACCCUGAAGUCAUGAGAACGACCAGGUACUGCCCGAAAGGACGACUUAUAAAUCCAAGUUCUCUUUUGCGAGACCAAUAAUGUUAAUCGCACGAUCCUUCCAUUUUGAGACAAUCGGCUAGGCCGAUUUUUCAAAAAAAAAAUGAAAAAAAUGAAAAAAAAAUGAAAAAAGGAAACUUAAGGGUUUGCUAUCGUUCCUUCGGCUCGGCACUAAGGUAUUAUAUUUAUUUCUCGAUCCGUUAGAUACCAUAAGCCAGCUCUUCGGGAACAAGAAUUGCGCAGGUCCUCCGAUUUCCAGGUGAAAUCAAAAGGGCUGGAUAUAUUGUUAAGAGCGCAAGCGAAGAUCCACGAACACUCGUCUAGUGGCGUAUACGCUUUUUCUCACGUUUUCUCUCUCAUCCUGUAACCUGUAAAUAAUUACCUAGCGAACAUAAAUCGAUGUAACUCGUGUCCAGGCAAA